UCGUCACAUGGUAUGACCUCACGGCCAACAGAUAGCAACACAAACUCUACAGCUCCACCAUGUCCAUGUAAAAAUAUGCAGAAACAAGAACUAAUUUCAAGCAUUUUCGUAAAAAUACCAUUCCUUAUGCUCCUUAGUUAAGUCCCGUGCACUUGUAGAGUUUUUAAAAUUCGGAAUGUUCCUACUUGGAGCUGGAUCUGAUGCUGAGGAUUUUUGACACGGAUGAACCUGAGUAACGUUGUCAUUUCUUGUCCGUAGAGUACUGUCGAAUAUCGGGUGUAUUCUUGUUCCAUUGCAUUUGUAUUACCAUGCUGUUGAGUUGACACUGACAUACUGUGUGCGUGUUCGUGUAUUGGAAUGCGGGUUUGAUGGUUUUGACGGUUUACCAGAUCCAGGCAAUUGGAGAUAAGUCGGCCAAUGGUGUCACAAUUAGCAAGCAGCUAACCCCACACCAGUCGUAGUGAAAAAACAAUGUCAGCUGGGCCAGCAGUGGACAAAAUCGACCCCUUCACAAAAAAGUCAAUGCGAAAGGGGAAACAGAAAAAGUCACAAGGCUCAUCGAAAUAUCGGUCGAAGAACAGCAUAGAACUGCAGCCUCUGGCUUUAAUAAAGGACACACCCCACCCGGAGAAGCACGACCUAGUGGUGAAGAAGCUAGGGCAGUGCAGCUUUGUGUUUGACUUCAUGGACGCAGUGUCUGACCUGAAGGGCAAGGAGAUCAAGAGGGCGAGUCUAAAUGAGCUGGUUGACUACAUCACCACCGAAAGAGGGGUGCUCUCAGAAGAGCUGUAUCCAGAAGUCAUUCAUAUGAUAACAUGUAAUAUCUUCCGCACACUGCCACCUAGUGAAAACCCCGACUUUGAUCCUGAGGAAGACGAUCCUACAUUAGAGGCAUCAUGGCCACACUUGCAGAUUGUCUACGAAUUUUUCCUAAGAUUCCUGGAAUCACCAGAGUUCCAGCCCACCAUAGCAAAGAAAUUCAUCGACCAAAAAUUUGUUAUGCAGCUUCUGGAGCUGUUUGACAGUGAAGACCCGCGAGAGAGAGAGUUCCUGAAGACGGUGCUUCACCGCAUCUAUGGCAAGUUCCUGGGCCUGCGCGCCUUCAUACGUAAACAGAUCAACCACAUCUUCCUCAGGUUUAUUUAUGAAACGGAACACUUUAAUGGAGUAGGAGAAUUACUAGAAAUCCUGGGCAGUAUAAUCAAUGGCUUUGCACUGCCCCUGAAGAAUGAGCACAAGCAGUUCCUCAUCAAGGUUCUCAUCCCUCUCCAUAAGGUCAAAUGCCUCAGUCUCUACCAUGCCCAGUUGGCAUAUUGUGUAGUACAGUUCCUAGAGAAAGAUGCAACACUCACAGAGCAAGUUACGUUGGGGCUGUUGAAAUACUGGCCGAAGACCUGUAGUCAAAAAGAAGUCAUGUUCCUGGGCGAGAUUGAGGAGAUACUGGACGUGAUAGAGCCUUCCCAGUUCGUCAAAAUCCAGGAGGUAUUGUUCAAACAGCUUGCCAGGUGCGUGGCUAGUCCCCACUUUCAGGUAGCAGAGAGGGCGCUAUACUUCUGGAAUAAUGAGUAUGUGCUGAGUCUGAUUGAGGAGAACUCGAGUAGCAUCAUGCCCAUCAUGUUCCCUAGUCUUUAUAGGAUAUCCAAGGAUCAUUGGAACCAGACUAUAGUAGCUCUGGUGUACAAUGUACUCAAGACCUUUAUGGAAAUGAACAGCAAGCUGUUUGAUGAACUAACAUCUGGUUACAAGGCAGAGAGGCAAAAGGAGAAAAAGAAGGAGAAGGAAAGAGACGAGUUAUGGAAGCGGCUGAGCAAGCUAGAGAUGAACAAUGCUGCCAACAAGACCAGCAAUGCCAAGUAAGGCUGUGCACCCUUCCACUGUCAAGCCAGCCCGGCCCCUCAGCAAGACUAGGCUCAGCUCGACUUAGCUCAGCUCAGGCAAAUCACAUCAUAGUUAAGCAGUUGACUGCCAAAGUGUUUUCGUGUGUGUGAUGCUUGCAUCUUAUGGGAUUUUUAAAAAGAGAGAAACAUUCUGUAUCCCUGAGCAAAUUUCUGAUAAGAAGUACCUCCUUUGUUUAACAGAUCAGAGAUAAACUCUGCGUUGCUUUUGUGAAAAAAAAAUUAUACCCAGCAAUUGCCCCUAGAUUACCUUUAAGUUCCUAGGGUUGUGCAGAAUUGCCAUGCGGUCAACAUGGCGUUGAAUCCAGGUCACUUUGGGGUUGCCUUGAGGAAACGUUGUGGUUGCCACUGCUAUGCUUUAGUUUCUCCCUGCGUGUGUGUAUUCAUGAGUGCAGGUGUAGUAUAGAGCUUAUUUCCUAAGGAGAACUAGAGUUGACACACAAUUUCCCUCUUUUUGUCAUAUUUCUUGAAGUCAUUUUACAGACGUCAUUGUGUGACUGAAAUAAACAAGGCAACUUUGUAUCCCCCUGCCCAUCCCCUCUCCCUGGGACAUGUUUGACGUGUUUUGGGAGAUGAGACAGAUUACAUGUAAGUGAUGCAAGCAGGAACACUGAACACAGUCGCAGAAUGAUGUUUAAUUUGUGAACGAGGCAAUAGAAUAGUCAGAUGUUUGUAUGUGCGAUUGGUGAAAAAAUGGUAUGCUAAAAAGUGUGUGAGUAAAAUGAGCGAGUGUUUGGGUGAGCGUAUGAGUGUGGAGUAUAUCACUCAGUUUGUUUUGGAUCCUAUGUACUUACGCUGUACAAAGUAAUCAAAAUACCUAACCAGAGGACUUGGUUUAAACACAUUAGACCGACAAGCACUUUCAUCAUAAAACAUGAAAACACUUCUCCUGAUUGGAGGCAUUAGUAAAAAUUUAAAAGUAUGUCACACCUUGAAAUGGUGAGGUGUGGAUAUAACCUGGUUGUGAGAAGGAAGGGUGGACAUGUACCUGUAUAUUGUCUUCAUUGUUCUUUUAAACAGUUCUUUUUAUGCUUGUAGAAGUUGAGGUAUUCAGUAAACGGUUAGAAUAUACACAUUUUUCCCCAAAAUGUUUGAAAAUUGAAAGUCCUUCAAAUUUUCAGCAGAUGGUGCAGCGGUUGAGACAAGGGUACUGGGGUUUUUCCUUGUAAUAUACAUGUGUGUACUUUGUACAUGGCAAAGAAGAUCAUGUUGCAGAUCCUUACACCUGCACUGCCGGGUUGUGCAGGCACCACACCACAGAUACACAGCCUGAUUUUUUUCAAGAGGUUUGGAAGAAAAGCAAAUUAUUUCUGGAAUAUGCAUGGUCAGAAAGUGGAAAACUUAACAUCGUGUCUUAUUCAGGACAGUGUGUACUUUUUCUUUGAUUGUGUCGCCAAGGCAUAUUUGCACUUAUAUAGUCGAUCACUUGCUCCGUAAGAUCAGUGUUGUCAAUGGUUUGAUUGAGAAAGGAAAGAGGAAACCUGCAGUGUAUUCACAGCAGCCAGGGCUGUGAAUUGUGCCUCACAAAUCCCUACCAGAGCUUUGUUGGCAACUGUUCAAGCCGUAAUCUAUUCAUUGUACACGUACACAAGAGUCUCCCCUCUCCUAAAAGUUUGAUUUUGGUUUCAAGUUGGUGAAUUUGUGAACUGACUUGAAAUUCUAUUCAGAUCAACAUUAUGCACUGGAUGAUUCGAUUCAUGUUGUAAAUUGUAUAUGAUGUCUGGGGGCAAUACUUAUGAGAAAGUUGUGUACAUGUUUAUGUAAUAUUUAACAGCAGAUGUUAAAAAUGAAAACUUUAAAACGAAAAAGAAAGAAAAUAACUUUGGUGUUUUGUAAUAUUGUAUUGUUGUGAGGAUACCAAAUUUGAAUGUUGCCAAUACUUUAGGGUUCAUCAGAUUGGUCCGCAGUCGGCCACUUUUUUAUACACUCGGUUGCUUUCUAACAAACCCUGAGCAAUUUGUGUGUGUGUUCUGUAGGGUUGUUUGUGUGAGAGAGUGUGUACUCGAGUCUGAUCCCUUACCAUUAUUUGACAGGUUCCCAACACCCUUGAAGCAUAGCAAGAUACUGAGAAUGUGCUUCAUUGACAGCUUACAUUUUUUCAUACCCUACCAUACUGUCGGUGGCACUCGUGAUAGUACACUUGUUGGUCAUAGUCUUCAACAGAGUACCUCUUGCCUGCUAGUGAAAGACACAACUUCGGAUUUCCUCCGCUUGUUACUAAUUGUAAAAAAAAUCGAAUUAAAAAAAAGUAGCUUUUUUGAUGUCCACUUGACCCUUGACACGUGUUCUUUUGUAUCACCUCUUUCCCAUUAUUCGGGUGAUUUCUAAAGAUUGUGUGUGACCAAUGUUUUAAUUUCCAUUUUUACAUGGUUGCAAUUGCAUUGUAGUAAUGAGAAAUUAGUGGGCUGACCACCCAGCACUUUUCACGAUCAUGCCCUUUCCUAUCUGAGAAAGUCUUUGGAAUUUUGCUCCGUUAUUGCCAGAGCCCCAAAACGGGAAGUGCGUUUUCCCUCGUUAGUGCAUAUGAAAGAAAACGGUGCAAAUUCAUCUACAUUUGUUGGAAGUGUGGUGUUUGCAACGUGUGUCUGCUGUAUGUGACAAGGUAGAAAUCCAUUCAAGAAAUGGGGGGACAAGACCGGACAAAUGCUUCAGCUGAUAUAAAUGGAAGCAUCCGGUACUGAUGCCCUGUCCUGAAAUCUGGAUGUGACAAGUGGCUAGCUUUGUUCGGGGCUAGACAAUCCGCAACUGCUUCACUUUAUUCAUGGUGGGUGGUCUUCAGUUAGACUGAUCAAUAUCAACGACUCACUUGAUAUUUGUACCAGAUGAACUGAUGCAGGUAGAGCUGUCCGUAAAUGGAUUUACUUGUAAAUAAAUUACAUUAAAUGCUGAGUAUAUAGCAGUAUGGAACUCCACUUCAAAUAAUAGUUUUAUUGAGAUGACAGAGACGAAUAGUAGAACUACUUAGGCUUACUAAAUACAUGUUUUAUACAAAAACUAUCAAAGAGAAUGGAGUCAAACUUGGUGGAGUUGAAGUUUUAACAAAUACAUUGCACAUCUGUGAUCAUUAUUUUGAUUUGCUUUCUUUGUUAUGAUAAAAAAAAUUGGCCUCAGUAGAAUGGUUUUCAUCAAUGAAAUCUGUAAAUGUGUAAAUGUCUGUGCAUUACAUAAAAAAAAGAGGAAAAAAAUUAACAAAAAGCUGAAAUGGUUGCACAUAUUCUUAGUUGAAAAAAGAAGAGGGAAGUCGAUUAGAUUUCAUCCGUUUUUUUUUAUCAUUGCAUUGUAUCAUUGUUUCAUUGUCUACUGGAUGUUGGGCUGGCUCCUUUGAGUAAAACACAUGUAAAAUUGAUAAAUGAUUGAUAUAUUAAACGAACUGAUAAAUUAUGUAAGUUAAGUGUGUUAGAGAUUUGAGUUGUCACUAUGUAAAGGAAGUAGCCUGCAGCUGGCCAAUCACGUUGCUUCACUCGUCCAUCGUAACCAAUCACAGCAUAGUGAAGAUGCACCUUAAACCCAUACAGGCAGGGCAGUCUUUUUUCUCCAACUUGACGGAAACGUCAUGCUGUGGUUUCUCAUUUUAAAUGUUUUAUAGUACAUACUUGUAUUCGAUUUUGUGAAAUUGACACAAGUUCCAACAGUAACCCUUCUGGGGAAUACACUGCUGUUAUCAGGAAGUGUUUUGUGGGAUUCCUCCCUUCUGUAUGGAUUUAAGACGGCAGAGAUAUAAGCAUCCCGUUAGAUGAGCUUGCUGUGUAAGUGUCAGAUAAACCUCUUCUACCUGUAGUCUCAUGGUCCACUGCAUGCUUCUUUUUUUUUUUUCUUUUUUAAUUUGGAGAGGAUCGAUAUUCUGUUCUGUACAUUAUACCUCUUGUUAUAAGACAGAAUUACGAAUAAUAAAUGAUGUAUUGGAGAUCUGACUCUCCAAUCCCACAAGUUCAGGAAUUCUGAAAAACAAAA